GAGCUGAGUACUUGAAGGGCCUACUAAGAGACUCCUGGGAGUCGUCAAUAACCGUUUCACACACAGAGGCAGGCAAAGAGGACAGUCGGCUUUUCCUUUUCCCAGGUUUGUCACUGUUGCAUCUUUCGUUCCUUCUGGUCCUAUACAUAGCUAUGCUGUUUCUUGUUUCCUCUCUCCGUGGAUCGAUCCUUUCUUCUACAAGAUCUUAUUGCAUGGAUCCCUUCUUCUCGUAGUGCGUAGCAUCAUCUAGAUCUUGUUGCUGCAUCUUCUCCUUUUGCGACUAAGAUGGCGCCUCAUAGACUCGCUCUGCCUCUCACCUGGGCGUGAGUCCAACCUGGCCGAGCACAAGACACCGAGGACACCUAGGACAUGUAGCUCUAAACAGAAAUACUGGUGACUUUGAAGAGUCCUGCACAUCUAGCUCUGUACCUAAGUAUUUACUUCUGCGCGAAGGUCCAUAUCGGUGACUGUCCAUUUGGAAGCAUACACGAGGCUCAUCUGGCGGUCCCUUUGGUAUUAUACACCAGCCUCAUCGUAUUUGAAGCCAUCUUCUCGAAGAACUACUUGCCGACAGCUUCGCUGGUGGCACUAAGUACAUCCAUCAUUGAGAAGAACGAGGCUGCAAUAUGAUCACCUGAGAAGAACGAGGUGGCGACUACUCGAACUACUCAGCUCUGACUGAGAACGAAGAACUGCUUGCCGACAACUUCUCGCACUGCAAGAAUAACAAGUAGAAGAUCAUCAUCUCCCUGCCCACAUAACAACAAUAAACGAUGAUGAUGAUGAUGCUCUUCUUCCUCUACUUUGCAGCCCUCUACUUUGCAGUGGGAACAAACGGUGCAGCGGAGGGGGAGGAGGGUGCUAAAAUUAAGUGUCUCCACCUUACACUUAAUUAGAUUCACCUUUCCACCACUACUGCUACACCUAAUUAGAUUCCCCAGUACUUCUAAUUUAGAAGUUCUAAACCAUCCUUGGCCCUUUUUUCCGAGUAGAAGAAAAUAUGCCAGGGGGGACCUGACGGGGGAUCGUGGAUGUAACCUCCUCUAACAAAAUGACAAUAGAGGCGGAGAAGAAAGGUGAAGAGGACGCUAAAAAGGGGGAGGACGCUUCAAAGGACCCUAAGAAGGAUGGAGCUAAAAAGGAAGCCGAAAAGGAGGAAGCGGAAAUAACGGACCCCGUGGGGCUGUGGAAUAACGUGUGUACUAAAACUCUGGAAGACGGUACCGGUGGACUGGCAAAGCCAAGUGUUCCAGCUGAAGCUCCAUACGAGUGCUUGCUUUUAUGGUUCCACAUUGGUCGUGCUUCGCUUCUCGCAUUGGUGCGCGGGAUCCACAACCUAACCCAACCUAGCCUACCCUUCAUCGUCAUCACCAUCAUCGCCCCGGACUAAGACUAAGACUCUAACCGAGUGUAACUAACAAGGUAACCUUAAACUUCGGCUCAGGGUUGUCCUCAGACUAAGGGUGGCUGGCAAGGGCUCGUCUGGUUGUCCUGAGAAAGUGACCUCAGCCAGAACUUCUGCUUCGAAAGAAGUAAACUUAAAAGAAGAAUAGAGAAAGUUUGCUGGCCAGGUUCUGAGAUGAAGGCUUCGAGCCGGGUCGGGGAUCAUGUCUCAAUACUAAAUCAAUUUCUAAAUUAAUAAGUACUACUAAAUCACAGGUAGUACUAAAUAGAGUCUCAUCUUCGUCACACAGAUGAUUCAAGGCGGGUGCUGAAGAGCUGUUAGACUACUCUAAUAUUCCCCAAGGAGUUAUUCGAUGCAGGUGCAGAAGCGGACUUUAGGACACGACUUGAGAGCGUGUGAACACACAUAAAUAUGUAAUUUUUUACCUAAGAAAAACAUCGGAACCUAAGAAAUAGAUGACAGCACUUCGCAUUGGGCACUUCGAUAAUAUCAGCUGCUCAUCAACACGAGUUUGAUCUUCGGCAGUAAAUUGACCAUCUGAAACACUUGAGCAGCAGCUUACUCUUGGAAAGAGAUGAAGAUGUUACCCAUCUUAUUGCUAUGAAAGUAGAAGUCUCUAUUUGGAGGUUUAAACAGUGGACAAUUUUCGCGGUUGUGAAUCAAUAUGGAGCAUUCGCGUUCGCGUGAGGGUCUCUAACACGGGCAAGACACUACCUGCGAAGACGAAGUCUUGGAUUUGCUUCACCUUGGAGAUGAAGCGCGCUGAGCGCGUCGAAAAUUCUUACACGCGGGAUGAAAAGCUAGAAGUUUUGAAACGGGCGAAGGCUUUGUCUAAGAAGCCUGAAGGAGUCCAAUAUGGAUGAUGUUUAUUCCAUUCGUCCGACCAUCGAGGCUGCCCUUUUCCCCUUAGUAGAACUGUAUUGCUGAAGGGCGGCCUCGAUGGUCUGGCUAGAUGGAAAAAACAUCAUCCUCCAUAUCCAAGGCAAGUUUGUGCGCGAGAAUGCCAUCAAGUGGUUGAAAAAUGAAGCAGGCCGCAUCGACAAUGUGAAAACAUACCGCGAAGAGUUCGCAAAAGCAAAAGCAACGCCAGAAGAAGUGAAGGCUACAGAGAAGAAGUGGCUACGUUAAGGGCUGGCGCAAGUUGACCUAUGUACUUCUAGAUAGGCGUCGCUAGAACUAUCUAGAGCAAGGGGAAAAAGAAGGGUAGACAUGCGGGCUCCUGGGUAGGUGGUCAUCUUAAAACCCCUAAUAAAACUAUGUGAUGCCAGCGGUGACUGGGUGGCACGUGGAUGAGAGCACGAGCACACCUGGGUGGAAAGAAGUACCGGAGAACCAGCGCAAUAGCUUUAAGAUGAAAUGCUUCUUAUCUUAAACAUCAUCUGCUCUUCUCGAAGUGACCUCAUCUAGCGUCGUAUUAUUAUAUCACCCAUCUAACACAUGAUAUCUGGCGUUUACAUCGAUAUCGCCACUCAUCUAAUAUAUGCACAUGCCCCGGAGGCGAAGAAGGUGAAAGGAAAGAUGAAAGCGGAGAAAAAGGGGCCGGCGAAAAGUUUUAUGGCCAAGCCGGGACUUUUCAUCCAUGGUUGAGUAAGUAGGGAAGAUGUUAUUGGUAGAAUCUUUGUUGUUUUGUUGAAAGGAUAGGUUGGUACUGUGGGCCGCCAUGGCUCUUGCCAAGUAAGAUCUUUGUUGUUUUGUUGAAAGGAUAGGGGGGUACGGUGGGCCGCCAUGGCUCUUGCCAAGUAAGAAUGAUCAUUUACUGGGUAAGAAUGUAUUAAUAGAGCCCCAUGAUCUUUUCUUGAGGACGAGAAGUCGGGGCAGGGGUUUUUGUCUAAAACAUAAAGAAAGACGGUGGAAAAGGGGAUGGAACUGCAGAUGGCGUUGGUGGGGGAGGAAACGAGUUCCUGGCUGCAGAAGGUGCGCACCCUCCGAAGGCGGGAACCAAACAGCCUGCAGCGCUGAACCCAGCCCAGCGCAGAAGAGCGAACUUAGAGGAGGCGCCAGAACAGCUGCCUGAAGCCGAAGUUAUGUUCUUUGGUAGGCUUUUUGUUGGCUUUUAUCGUUGGUUUUUACCGUUUUUUUUUGCGUCUCCCCACUCCUUAUGGGACGAGAAAAGCACAAAUUCGAACUCCUUAUGGGAAAACAAACAAGCACCUUACUUGGCGAACAGGGUAAACAAGACUAGCAGUGGCGUGGUGUUACCUCUAACAAAGAAGCUGCAGGAGCUGCUAACAACGGAGCCAAAAAGCCGUACUUUUUUUAAGGCGAUUUUUCAGAUGCUCACUGUGCUACGUAAGUAAUGUACACGCCCACUUCAGAAGAGACAACUGUUUACUCAUAAGACAGCUUACAGAGUUAGAGUGCGAAGAGUGAUUUCCCCCAUAGUAAGCACGGCCAUUAUAAUUUCAGUGAAAUAUAAGAUUUAAGAUAAACAUGCCAUCAUCAUCAUCAUCAUCAUCAUCAUCAUCGCCAUCGUCGUCAUGUUAAUGAGCAUGAUUUUCCCACCAGACUUGCUCACUCUACAACGAUACAUGAUUUAAAAAAACUCUACAAAAAAGUUGAGUAACUUUGGAAUGCAAUGCAGCGAUUUUGCAAUCAAUACGUAGCUCUGACGCUGAGGAUAACCGUCUAUCCUUGUCCUAACUCUAAUAAUGAUAGACUUUAUUCGAGAUGCUGGGAAUCCCUCUCAUCCUCCCUCCAAUUUCUAUUACGAGGUAGUAGGAGUCUUCUCAUCCUUCCUCUAAUCUUUACUGCGGGGUACUAAGAAUCUUCUCCGCAACGUAGAUGACAAGCUUCAAAAUAUUGCGUUGAUUGCCUCACCUCCCGCUGACGAAAGCGAUGGGCACGACGGCUCGUGCUGCCGUUGAACACAGGAUGAAUGUUGUGGAUGGGGAAUGCGGCGUCGGACGACUGCUCUCGUAGAGGAUUCUUUGAGAAGUCGUAAUCACAGGAAUAUCCGAGAAGAUGAGGUCGUGGAUUCCGAUAUGAAGAGUGGAAUAGGGGAG